GACUUCCAGUCUGCACACUUUCACCCCACCCACCGUGGCAUGUUCAUCAUCGCUACGAAAAAGAACGUGCGCGUUUUCAAUCUCCAGAAGAGAGAGCUGGCCAUCAAGAAGCUCGAGACUGGGCUCAGAAAGAUCUCAUCGAUGGCGAUUCAUCCCGGUGGCGAUAAUUUGAUCGUAGGAAGCAAAAAAGGGAAGAUGUGUUGGUUUGACAUGGACCUGUCUUCGAAACCGUACAAGACUCUCAAGAAUCAUCCUAAAGACAUUACGAACGUGGCGUUUCACCGCUCGUAUCCGCUCUUCGCUUCGUGCUCGGAGGAUUCAACGGCUUAUGUGUUCCAUGGAAAGGUGUAUAGUGAUCUUAACGAGAAUCCUCUGAUUGUGCCGUUGGAGAUUCUAAGAGGCCAUUCUACUUCUUCAAAUAGAGGAGUCUUGGACUGCAAGUUUCAUCCGAGGCAACCAUGGCUAUUCACUGCAGGCGCCGACUCGGUUAUAAAACUUUACUGCCACUAAGUUUCGCCCAAACCAUAUUUUUGACCAUUUUCAUCUUGUUUUUGUAUUAUCACAUUGCUCUACCGUUUUGUAUUUCUACUGCAUUUUAGUUGCCUCCUAUGCGUCUCUCUGGUUGCACUAGCUUGAUUACCUUUUUUGUUGCUGAGAUCAAACUGAAAAACAGAAUACAACUUAUUUGGUAACUCACAUCAGAUUUA